AUGAGUGCAGUCUCGCGUUUCUGGUGGAGCACCAAGAUCAAUAAUAAGGGACUUCAUUGGGUAGCUUGGGAUAAAAUCUGUGUACCUAUGGACGAGGGCGGACUUGGUUUCCGUGACUUUCACGCGUUCAACCUUGCCUUACUAGCAAAACAGUUGUGGAGAUUACUUCAGUAUCCUCACUCUCUCUUAGCUCGAGUUCUAAAAGGUAGAUAUUACAGACACACAAACCCGAUGAAUGUGCAGAAGGCAAACAACCCAUCCUAUGGAUGGCAAAGCUUAUUAGCCUCAAAAGAAGUUCUUCACAAGGGUCUCCGGAAGAAGAUAGGAAAUGGACAUACAACGAAAAAUCAGUCUUGGAAUCUAGAGAUACUAAACGCAGUCAUCGCCGCGGAGGAUAUUCCCAGGAUUACAUCACUCCGGGCUCUAUCUGAUAUACCAUCUUCUCCGGGGCUGUUCCCGAGUAACUCUCUAUACUCAAACAUAGAUUUCUUGUUAUUUCGUGCUAAAGAAACUGGAGUGAGGUCAGAGGUACUGGCCGCAUUCCCAUGGAUCGUUUGGUAUAUCUGGAAAACGCGUAACGAGAAGAUCUUCAAAGACAAGGAUAUCAUGCCGUUGGACUCACUGCAACUUGCGGUUAAAGAAGCAGAGAGCUGGACACUAGCGCAGAGAAUAUCGGAAGACACAGAGGGUGAGAGGGACGAACAACGAAGAACACGACACAGUACUAGUAUACAAGAGCUUCUCACAGCUAGAUGGAGAUGUCAAACUGAUGCAUUUUGGAUAAACGAAAGAGACAGAGUCGGGAUGGGCUUCGGACUAAGUGUCGCCGUAUCCCCACUCCACACCGAAGCCGAAGGGCUACUGUGGGCGAUGCAGGAAGUGCUGAGGCAAGGAAUCAGAGCGGUACGUUUUGAGUCUGAUUGUGAACAACUAAUCAAGCUGAUAAGGGAUGACGAAGAUUGGCCUGCAAUGGCAUCUGAAUUAGACGAGAUCAAAGCUUUAUCGGCUGAGUUUAUUGACUUCUCCAUAGCAUACAUUCCAAGAUCUGCGAACAUACGUGCAGACUCUCUAGCCAAAGGGGGAAGAUCACGCGUUUUCGGAUCAUCGUUCGUCAACUGCUUUGCACCAAGUUGGCUAGGUCCAGACGCUGUCCAAGAGAUUGCUAACUAG